CAUUCCCUGGUAUGAUUGGCAUAAAUGAGGCAGCCUGAGACAAGAGAAAUUCGAAGUAAUUGGAACAGCGAACAUAUAUAUGAAUAUCGUGUAGCAAAAUGACGGACCUCAAUGAAAUGCAAAAGUAUUUAUCAACUGCUGAGACGGUAUCGAGAGAUGCAGGGAAGUUGAUCAAUGAUGCUUUCCAAAACCACUCUAAAAAUGUGAUGACGAAGGAUUCGAGUGUUGAUUUGGUUACCGUCACGGACCAGCAAUGUGAGGAUCUCAUCAAGAAGACACUCUUGGAGACAUACCCUGACCACAAGUUUAUUGGGGAAGAGUCGACCGCGGCCGGAGCCAAGAACGAACUGACGGAUUUGCCUACCUGGAUCGUGGACCCUCUCGACGGCACCACAAACUUUGUGCACGGUUUCCCGUACGUCUCUGUUUGCAUCGGGCUCACCAUCAAGAAGAAGGUUGUGCUAGGUGUGGUAUAUGCGCCUAUCCUGGAUGAGAUGUACACCGCUAUCAGAGGUCAGGGGGCGACGCUCAAUGGCACAUCCUUGAGUGUAUCUAAAUGCACAGGACUGAAGAACGCUCUUGUCUGUACUGAGAUUGGGUCGAACCGGGAGUCGCCACACAUAGACAUUGUGAGAGACAACUACUACCGCAUGGCGGUGGCGCCCUGUCACAGUGUGCGGUCGCUAGGGGCUGCUGCUAUGAACAUGUGCAUGGUUGCUAAGGGGGCGUGCGAUGCUUACUACGAAUUUGGAAUCCACGCCUGGGACUACUGUGCCGCGUCUAUCAUUGUGGAGGAAGCGGGCGGCUACUGCUGCGACACCACUGGUACCGAACUGGACCUGAUGGCCAGGAAAAUAGCCUGUGGGGCUACACCUGCGCUCAUGAAGGAAAUCACCGACACGCUGACGGAUAUUACAAUGCCGCGAGAUUGAAUGAUUUAGGCCGUGGUGAUGAAUUUAAAUAAAUAUUAAAGAGUUUAAAUGACGUGUAUGAGCACGUCUGUGCUUUACCACAAUGCCGAGAGAUUGAAAGAUUAAGCCGUGGUGAUAGAUUUAUAUAAAUAUUAAACAGUUCAAUAGACG